GCUGUUGUAAGGUUUGAAUGGUCACUAAAUGAAUUGUUGUAAGUUGAUGACUACUUGUAUAUAGUUUAAUAGAGCACAGGGUGAAUAUUAACAAAUAGUGGGUCCCAACUGUCUAACCCUUGCUUUUUAAUGCAAAUCCCAAAUAUAUGCAAGAUGGAGUAAGACAAGCCUAUAUUUUUCUAUGCUCAGUUAAUAUCUGAACACUUUUUAGUAGGACAAUACAAAAAACACAUGGUGUUCUUUCUCUCUCAAUUGCUCGAGACAUUUUGAAGGAGUUGGUUGUCUUCAUCUUCUCUGUGGAACCACUAAUAAAGCUUUCUAGAAAAAGAAGAAAGCAAGGAAAGAUCCGGUAAUGAUUCAUAAGUGACCUAUCCAACUAAAACCUGGAACGCUAAUGACCCUACCUGUCAUCCCUUAACAAUCUACUAACAAGCUUAAAAGCACCAGUAAGAAUAGCAUUAAGACACAAAACAGCUCAUACAAAGAAAAGGAACACAGGAUUUAAGGAGAAGCUUUCAUUUUUUAGAAGAAGAUCUAAUGAAGAAAACGUGGUGGAUUUGUAUUUGUGGAAUGAUCAUUGCAGCUUUACUCCCUGCUAGUUGGCAAAUGAUCCUGAAGGAUUCAACAGAUGAGUCUAAAUGGCAGCAGUCUUACAACAUGAAAAGUGCCCACAGCUUUACUUCUGACAUCAAACGCCAUUCUGAAGGGACCUUUACCAGCGAUUUUACUGAACAUUUGGACAACAUGAAAGCCAGAGAUUUCGUGCACUGGCUUAUCAACGCCAAACGUUACAGCUCUACAAAGCGGUUGAUUAAAGAAAAACCCAUCUUCUCAGGCUAUCCACCUGGCUCUUUCUGGCUGAAGUAUAAUUGAAAGGAUAAUACAGGAAUUGGACAUUCCAACCUGCAGUAUUUAAGUGCAUCCAGCAAUGAGACCUUUUGCUGAUACCUUGAUGCUCCUUUUCUGGUUUUUCUGAUUCUCUUUUUCCAGUGAAUUACAGCUACUUCUUUUCCUUGUUGCUAAAUGUAUC